AUUUUUAGAAAAACGACAACUACAAAAACUUUUCCAGCAGAUUUUAAUGCCGUCCAAAGAAAAUCUUUAUCUUUUUGAUUUUCACAAAACUACAAAAGGGUGAUGACUUUCUUGUUCUAGGCAAAUGGUUGACCAAAAUGAGAUCUUUUCUUGUAUAAAAUGUGAUCAGAUCUCAAGAAAAACAAAUCUCACAAAUAUUUUUAUUUUUUAUCAUAAAAAGUUCAUUUCAGAAUGGUUUCUGCAGAAACUGAUCCUAAUAGUUCAGCAAAGAUCAAAUUAAUUGAUGGAAGAAACUUGGCUUACAAAGAAAGAGGUGUUCCUAAAGACAAAUCAAAUUACAGAAUUAUUAUGGUUCAUGGCUUUGACAGCUCCAAAGAAAGAGACUUUCUUGCACCUAAGGAACUUAUGAACAAAAUGGGAAUAUACAUUGUUCAAUUUGAUAGAGCUGGAUAUGGAGAAAGUGAUCCAAAUCCAAAAAGAUCACUAAGAAGUGAAGCAUCUGACAUUGAGGAAUUAGCUGAUCACUUGGAAUUAGGAUCCAAAUUCUACAUAAUUGGUUUUUCAAUGGGAUCUUACCCAACUUGGAGUUGCAUCAAACACAUCUCACAUAGGUUAGCAGGGGUAGCAUUUGUGGUUCCCAUAGUCAAUUACCAAUGGCCCUCUUUACCAGAUUCUCUAACAAAGGACGAUGAACGGAAGAGGUGGUACAAAAGGAUGACGUUGGUUGCAAGAUAUGCUCCUAGAUUAUUGCAUUGGUGGUUGAUUCGAAAAUCAUCGCUCUCAUCCUCAGCUGAUAAUUCAAAACCUACAUACUUCACUGCCAAGGACUUAGAACUUUUGAAGAAUGCACCUGGAUUUCAAUUUCUUACCUCGGAAAAGCUAAAGAGCAGAAGUGUUUUCAACAACCUUUGCAGCGACUUCCUUGUGGCUUUUAGUAAAUGGGAUUUUGAUCCUUUGACGCUUAGCAAUCCUUUUCCUGAAAAAGAUCAAAAUUUUGUUCACAUAUGGCAUGGCUGUGAAGACAAAUUUAUUAAUUUGAAACUACAAAGACAUGUCUCAGAAAGAUUACCUUGGAUUCAAUAUCAUGAAGUUCCUGACGGCGGACAUUUGUUGAUCUAUGAUACUAUAGUCUGUGAAGCCAUCUUAAAGUCUCUUUUGCUUGGAGAGGACACACCACUCUAUACACCUAAUUUUUCUUAGCAAGUGUCACACCCCUUUUUCACCAAGCUUUUCUGGUCUUUGUAAAAUGGGAAACAGAAAGAGCUUCGCGAUAAUGUUAGGUGCAAAUUCAUUGUUAAAAAAAAACUCUUUUCUUACACUUAACCAUUCCUGUUUUCCAUUUUUCAAAGACCCAACGGAGUUUAGUGAAAAAGAGGUGUGACACUAAGACAUUAAGUUCUAGUUCUCAAUGACUUUCUGUUAUGUCAAGUUCUCCUCACUCGAAAAAUCUUUUACCCCAUCAGCCUUAAGACGUCGCAGCUGGACAUUUUCUUUUUAGAACUUGCAGCUGUAAUACAUAACUUUCUAGAUAGCCUUGUGGCUAGUAAUUCAUUUGUGUGAUCUGUAGAAAAUCUGCAGACACCAUUCAUGUCAAAAUACUGAGCUGCCAUCAAAGAAAACCAAGUUUCACAUGAA